AAAAUAACACCAAGGUGACGAAAAACAUACAUGUGGCUUUCCUAGAAGGCAUGCAUUAUUGGUUGCCGUUCCACUUCUUGUGAGUUACUUGGCCUGAUGUGUUAAGGACAGAGGUAUGGGUUUCAACAUCAAAUUCGUUGUUGGACCCGUAUCUAAGGAUCUCAUCUGCCCCUUGUGUCGAGGAGUUUUGGUGGAUCCGAUGAUGAUGCAUCCUUGUCAACACACUGUUUGUUCCUCAUGUCUCAAGGCCUUCAGACCCGUCCCUCAACUCCUGCAGUCGUGUCCACUCUGCAGGAGCCCGCUCUUUGAUGAGCCAUCUUUGGCACCAGGGAAUCUCAUUGGACGUCUUCUCAAGCUGGUAGUCAAGUGCCACCGUGAAUGUGGGCAUCAAUGCGAGCUCAGUGCUCUCCCUGGCCAUGUCCUCAAUGAAUGCAAUUUCGGAACGGUCGAAUGCCUGAACAAAGUCAGAGGUUGCCAUAAAGUGAUGACGCGCAAGAAGCUCAACGCGCACGUCGCAGAAUGCGAAUUCCGCUUGGUGACGUGUGAGGGAUGCAAUGCGGAGAUGGUAUAUUCGCGGCUUCCUUUACAUCAGAAGCGACGACGCUGCAUUGAAGGGAAGUUGAUGACGCAGCGCGCCCGGAGCGCGGCGACCGCAUUGAAGCAAGUUCGAGAACAUCAAGAACAAGUGAGAAAGGAAGCUAUUAUCCUUGAAGGGCAAUUGACCAGACUCCGCUCCAGCAAACUCGAGGCGAGAGGGAGACUAAGGUCGGCACCACCUAGAAUAUCUCUUCUCGUCUCCGAGACCCCAUCAUCCAAGUCAAGACCGAAAUCGUCCCGAAGUUCGAUCAGUACAAUAUCCAUGUCAUCAUCGUCAACAUCAAACAAAAGUGUGAUGCCCGAUUGCCCUAAAGUUACUGUUUUCAUGACCGAUACGACGUCCUAUGAUGUGGUUCCCCUUGAUCUUAAAAAUGCAGCAUCUACAACUUCUUCGUCAUCAUCCCUUUCAUCUCCUCGGCAACCCUCGUCAGAGCACGAACAAGAGACGAAUGAACCAAUGGAUGUUUCUUCGGAGGACAUCGGAGAUUGUCGAGAGUCCUUGUCAUCAUUAGGUGUUGUUCGUAUCCGUGGUAACCGUUCGGAGAAAUCGGAGCUAUGUAAGAGAUGUGGGAAACAUUUCAAUCCAUCCAAAAAUAACGAUAGAUCAUGCAGGUGGCACAGAGGAAUCGUGGACUUAUUUGUGAGUAUGCAUGGUUUGUUACUUUGUUUAAUUGCACUACAACAUUUUCAAUGCUUAAAUUUCCUGCCACAUAAGGAUGUCGUUACAUAUUCUGAGAAACGAGAACGUAUUUUCCAUAGUAUUUUCAUAGUAUGCAUGGUUUGUUUAAUUGCACUACAACAUUUUCAAUGCCUAAAUUUCCUGCCACAUAAGGAUGUCGUUACAUAUUCUGAGAAACGAGAACGCAUUUUCCAUGGUAUUUUCAUAGUAUUUUAAAUGCUGGUCUAGAGAUAAUCGGAUAUUAUCUACCGGCAAAAUAAUAAAGAGGAAGACAUCAAAGAGUAUAUUAUGAGGCAAAAUAUUAAAAUGAGAAACACAGAUACGAAGGGUGAAGGGUAAUAUGAUUUGAAACAAAAUAAGCAAACGGUCAAUUUCUGAAAAUGAAUAUAAAAAUCUUGACAAAUUUUCCUUUAGCUUUGAGAACAUUGAAAAUUUAGAAAUCUUCUGUUGGAUUUCAAACAACCUUCAUUGUCAUGUUUCUCUCAUUACAAUGUUUGCAUGCUCGAGAUUUUUGGAAUGAAUUUCUAAGAUGGUGGCAUACUAAAUUUAAAA